AUGGCGAGCUUGGAACAGGUUUUCGGGUCUUCCCAUGUGGACACUGGCUCCUGGGAAAAGGUGGUGGAGAAUUGUGUCAAACCAGUGCUGUGCUACAUCCCACUGUUGCUGGCAUGCUAUUUCAUGACGCUCUUUGCACUCCAACAAGUAACGGAUUGGAAAGGUCUCAAGCUCCAACGGAUUGCGGGUCAAUUGUCCAUGUAUCCAUCGUUUCUGGUUUUGAUCUUUACUUCCCACGUGGCAACCUUGGACUCUGAUUUUUGGGGAUGGGACGGCAACGCUCGCUUCCAAUCGUCGAGUUAUUGGUGCGAUCUGUUUGCCAACAUGUACAUUGCCGUCAACCUGGUACAGGCCAUGGGACAGAUUCAGACGGAAAAGCCGCCUCUGUUGUAUCAAUUGAUGGCCCAUCACGUGUUUUCGGUGUUUUGCUAUUCCAGCGGAUUCUACUUUGACCGCUUUCGAUGGUGGACCACUCUGGCAGGCUGUUGCGAACUGACCAAUUUGUUUUUGGUCCCAGUCUUUUUGAGCAAAGACUACUUCCCAGAAUGGAGAAAAGAGCGAUGGUUCUUGUACAGCAGUCGACUCUUAUUGUUUACCUUUCUCACGCAUCGCAUGGUUUUGUUUCCAAUUUGGUUGGGAUUGUGGUUUUGGGAUCGGAUACAUGCCGAUCCGAGUGUCCCGAUUCAUUGGGUGGAAGGCACAUUCUAUCCCGUGACAAUCUUGGGACUCUUCCUAUUGUCCAUUAUGUGGUUGGUGCAAAUCCAUCGGGGACUCGAGAAGCAAACUAGAAUAUAUCUGCAAGCUCAAGAAGAACGACAAAAGUCAUCAUCAAAGAGAGAUUGA